AUGUGCCCAGGACCGCGAUCACCUACGCCAGGCAGCGUGGUCUGUUCAUGUUCUCAGGGUUUUGGUCAGAGGCGGCCUCUGUUGCCUCCUUUGUGGGAGGCCAUUGCCAAGGGCCGAGCUGCUGGCUUGUCCGAGGCGAAACAGUCAGCAUCAUUGUUUCGACACUUUCAUAGACUAGAGCUAGGAAGCAUGGCGCAUGGCUGUGGUUCGCAGGAGGAGCUGGCAACUUCUGAACUGCAGCGUCGUCGACUGCACAACUUGUACCAGGAACGUCCCGAGAUGCAUGGCCUGUGGCAUGGGACUAUAUUGGACCGUUCAUACCAGGACAUGAAGGGCCAGCUACGGGUUUAUUGCCGAGCUGCGGGCCUAAGUGGAUUCAGCUCUCGCACGGUUUUGCUGAGUCUUGGUCCGGCCUCGUGGUCUUGUCUGGAGUUGUUUCCUGUGGCUUCCUGUUUCAAGGUGAGGCCCCUGAAUGCCCGGGAAAAGCGGAUCGGCGACAAGGAAGCCAUGCAAGUGGUCGACAGCAACACUCUCGAGGCCGCACUUAGGGCAAGACACAAGCUUUAA